UCCGCUUGUGGCACACAUGUUGGUUUUUUAGUUCUCAUUUUUACCCUUCUUCUUCAUUAGUUCUCUUUUUUCCCUCUUAAUUUCUCAAUUAACUUUCUCUCUCUAAAUCUUAGUUUUUUCAUUCAAGUUGCAAACUUUUUUCAGAAAUUUGAGUGUCAUUUUCUUCAUUCCAGCUGUUCCACAAAAGUGUAACUGAUCACAAAACAAAAGCAUUCAAUUUUGAUUCUCACUUGCAUGAACAACAACACAACAUAAAAACAUGAACCUUAUUCAGUUACAAUACUCACAACAAUUUCCUCACCUUAAUUUCAUGUUUUUGUGUGAUUGAAUUCUUGUUUUUUUCUUUCUCACCUCCCUAAUUUUCUUUGUCUAUACCUUCCUAUCCCACAUGGCUGUGGUUGAAGACAGAGAUAAUAAAACUCACUCUCACUCUUAUUCUCAUGAUCAAAAUAUUUCAACAUCAUCAUCAAUCACAAUGAGCAAGAAUUACACAAAAGAUCUCUUUAACAAGUUCAUGGCAGCGGAGAAUCAUCGUCGUCGUUGUAACAUACCUUUACCUACGGUGAAGCCUGUCCAACGGUUUGAUACUGCUGAAGAAAUGGAUGAAGAAGACUUUGAACUAAGUCUUGGACUUUCAAUGAAUGGUAGAUUUGGGUUUGACCCAAAUACUAAAAAGAUCAAAAGAACAACUUCCAUACCGGAAUCUAUGAUUCCGGUAACUGUAGGUGGUGGUUCAAGCUCUGGUGGUUCAGGUGGUGGUUCUUCUGGUGGUGGUGGAGGUUUGAUGAGAACUUGUUCGUUACCGGUGGAGAAUGAAGAAGAAUGGAGAAAGAGGAAGGAAUUACAAUCACAAAGGAGGAUGGAAGCUAGGAAAAAGAGAUAUGAGAAGCAGAGAAAUUCUAGGGCUAUGAGAGAAAGAAGUUUUGGUGGUAGUGGUGGAGAAGGGGGUGUGGGUAGUGAAAGUGGGAGUGGGAAUAGUAAUAAUCUAGUGGAGGUUUUUGUGCAAGGUGUUGGUGGUGAAAGUUUGAUAAGAACUAGUUCUUUAACUACUCGUGUUGGUGGACUUGGUUUGAAUGGUGAAAAGGAAUUGGAUCAAGUUGUUCCUCCUUCACCACAAGGUGGUGGUGGUUCAAUUGGUUCUUCUUCGGGUACUUCAGAAUCUGAGGGUCAACAACAUGGUCAAGGAACAACACCAAUGGAUACCGAAAACUCUGACAAGGUUGCUAAACUUCAAAACAAAACCAAGGACUUCAAGAACUUGUUUGAAGACAUGCCAAGUGUAACUACCAAAGGAGAGGGACCUAAUGGGAAGAAAGUUGAAGGUUUUCUUUACAAGUAUGGGAAAGGUGAGGAAGUGAGAAUUUUGUGUGUUUGCCAUGGUAGUUUUCUUACCCCUGCUGAGUUUGUCAAGCAUGCUGGUGGAGGUGAUGUGACCAACCCUUUGAAGCAUAUUGUUGUCAACUCAAGCUUAAUUUGAUUUGAGGCUAUAUGAGAAAGAAAACUAUGAUAUGAGUAAUCAUAUUUUUAUUUAUUAUUAUUGAGUCCUAUGUUCACCCUUAGCCUUUGAAACCAUGGAUGUUGAGGAUCUCAUUUGAUGUUUCUUAUUGAGGUAUAUUUCUACCUUUGUUUUUAUGUUUAUGACUUUAGGACCCUCUAUGAGGAAAAAAAUGGUACUUGCUAGAAAGUUUUAUGUUAAUUGUCUAUAAGUAAAUUAUAUUAGUAGUCUCUAUUAUAUA